AUGGAAAGCCCAAAUUUAACUAAAACACAAAAAUGUACAAGGUGCCAAUGUUUUCGACCAUAUGCAGAGUUUGUAAUAACUGAAGAUGAUAUUCGAACCUGUUGCCUAAAUUGUCGCAUUUCUACUUCUCUUGCAAAAAAAAGAAAGCGUCAAGAAAUUGAUUGUUCUUCAAUUGAAAAAGAAAAUAUAAUCAAUUUUGUGGAUGUUAUAGAUUUUGUCUAUAACAAUCUUACAGAAUAUGAAAAUUUAAAUGAAGAUUUUGAAGGACAUACGCAUUUUUAUCUUCAAUUUUUUAUUGACUUGGAUUCGAUUUAUGAGGAAAUUUUCAUUGAAACUACUGAGAAGGAUAAAAAUUUAGAUAUAGCCAAUCUAAUUAUAAACACGAUUG